AUGAACCUGAUUAUAACCAUCUUAGUUAUUACAAUAGCCCUCUCCUUAAUUCUAGCAGUUGUCUCUUUUUGACUGCCACAAAUAAACCCUGACGCAGAAAAACUAUCACCGUAUGAAUGCGGAUUUGACCCACUAGGAUCCGCCCGACUACCAUUCUCCUUGCGCUUUUUCCUGGUAGCAAUUCUAUUCCUUCUUUUUGACCUAGAAAUUGCCCUUCUCCUCCCCCUACCCUGGGGGGACCAGCUCCACAACCCAACAGGAACACUCUUCUGAGCCACCACAGUCCUAAUUCUACUAACCCUAGGAUUAAUUUAUGAAUGAACUCAAGGCGGCUUAGAGUGAGCAGAAU